CCCAGUUUCCGUUUCGAAGCUGCCUUAGGAGGAGCCGUUGCAACCGAAGCGCUGAGCCUCGACGAGGUUUGGUGGGGUUGUUUUUGGAAGGGAUCAGAGGCGCGGAGGGUGCUGUCGCGGCGAUGGAGAAGCUGCGGCGGGUGCUGAGAGGAGAGGAUGACGAGGAGCAGGGCCUGACAACGCAGGUCCUUGAUGGAUCAUCCCUGAGCUUUAAUACUCGUGUGAAAUGGUUUGCAAUAUGUUUUAUAAGCGGCAUUUUGUGUUCUCUCCUUGGGACAGGAUUGCUCUGGCUUCCAGGUGGAAUAAAACUCUUUGCAGUGUUCUAUACCUUGGGAAACAUUGCUGCUUUAGCCAGUACUUGCUUCUUGAUGGGUCCAGUGAAACAGCUGAAAAAGAUGUUUGAACCAACAAGGUUAAUUGUAACAAUUGUUAUGCUGCUUUCUUUGAUCCUCACGUUAUUUGCAGCAUUUUGGUGGCAAAAGAAAGGGUUAGCCCUGCUGUUCUGCAUUUUGCAGUUUCUGGCAAUGACCUGGUAUAGUCUGUCAUACAUCCCAUAUGCAAGGGAUGCUGUAUUGAAAUGCUUCACUUCUUGCCUAAGUUAAAGAGAAGCAGAAUUUUUUCCAGUGCUUGGAAACCUACAUCAUUUUUCCAAGUGGUUCAGGUCCUGAAACAUUGACAUACUUCUUCACAAUGGGGAUUAAAUUAUAUUAGCAGGAGAACUUUAAAAAAAAAAGUACAGAACCAGGGCAAUGAUACCAUCAUCACAAGACCCCUCAAUCCAUCCUUAUUCUAAAAAUAUUUUCACUCAGUGGUCUUAAAAUUGCUGGAUGAAAGUCUGCUAACAUGAUUUAAUCUCAAAAUGAUAUGGUCUUUGAGUUUCAGGUAAAAUGUCUGUAAAUUCAUCUGCCUCAUUUUUUUAUAUUUUUCUUUCCAAUUUGUCUAUUAUAUUUUAUUUCCCAAAAUCCUGUUAAAUUGUAAAACAAAGAAUUACACUAUGUUAUAGCUACUGUGCCUCUUCAGAAAUGAUUAACACUGGAGAUAGCAUGGAGAGAAAAAAUGAGACUAUAUAAGAAAUGUUUUUUCCAAAUUCAGAAACUGUGUGUUAGUCCUUUAUUUUAAAUGCCAACUUUUUAUACUGUGAUACUUAAAACGCAUUUAAUUUGAGUAAUAUAUUAAAUCAGUGAUUAAAAUAAAUAUUUAAAACUA